AUUCUUUUUUAUCGGACCCACUAUGAGACUGAAAUUUCAAAAUACAGCCAUAAAUUUUCAGUAACUCUAAGGUAGCUGGGAAUGUAAAAAAAAACAAAUUUCGCCCAUAGCCUGUCAGUUCAUUUCUCGAGUGGUUCUUGCUAAAUCAUUUGACCUCAAAUUGGAAGCAACGUGAACAAAGAAGGUAGGAAUGAAACGAUUAGCUUGGAGGGAGGCUCAGAAAGAGAAGGAGGAAGAGGGGCAGUAUAUGCUGAAAGAGGACCGUAAAUAUGAAAUAUUAAGUAAGCUCUGGCUUGAAAACAACUUUAGCAACAAAGUUAAUGACUUAACCCUUCAUCUGAGUUAAGGCUACUUAUAUAUGUGGCCCAAAGCUUGACGUCAUGAAGUCAAACUACAAGCUAAUCGUACAUCGUGGCAGAGUUUGAUGAUGACAGAUCUGACCUAUUUGUUCUCUUCUAUUAUGUUCUGUAUAUUCGAUUCUUAUGAUUUUGCCAAUAGAUGGUGUCGUAAUGCAAUAGCAAGGGCAGACAUUCAUUAUUUUAGUUCGAGUCCGAUGAAUGAUUUGAUAAAGUUUUGGAGUCUCGUAAAUACUAUGACUAGCUCCAAAAUGAGCGAAAUCAUUUAGGCCAAAACAUUAUAAAUAUAUGUUCUCGCCGUGAUAUACCUUACAUGAUAUGAAUGGUAUGGACAAGGCAAAGAGUUCUUCAGAGGCGUCCUUGGACGAGAGCAAAAGAGACACUGAAAAUAAACACUUCCAGUUUUCCAGUUUCCAGUUUUCUUUGAGAUUGUAAGUUGCUGUUUUGAUAAAUGCUUGCAGCGCCAUCUAACUUACUAAAGACAGGAUGUUCUGUCACAAUUAUGAUACACGUAAAAUGGAGACACCAGCUUUCUGUGUUGAAUAACUAUCCAAAUGACGUUACUGAACAGAUGUUUUCAAAUCGAAACGAAUAUCAGUUCCUUGUAAGAUAGUGGGUGCGUGAGAGGAGGAGUAAUUGCCCAUGCUACGAAAUGAUGAUAAAUAUGAAGGCCCUUAUGUCUUGAUGACGAAAUAGAAGGCAGUCCACCUCUAUUUUUGGCUUUCACAUUGUGAAAGCAACGUCACAUUGUUCACUUUUUUUUUCUAAAUUCUAGCUUUCGUUUCAAUUGACCCUCAAUGUCGAUUUAACUCUUAUCAUUCGAAUACGUGUAGGAUCUUGAAACCAUCCUGGUUGUCUGGUCCGGACUUUGUUCAAGACAAACAUGUAACCUUGCAACUUGGAUGGGCCAUGAACGGUCUUGAAAGACAGCUCUGAUGGUGGUUGACUCGUACGGCCCAAUCGACUCCUAUUUCAUGGGGCGACGUCUCAACCUGUUUUGUCUGGUCGUUACGGUGACUGUCACGCUUGUGACCACAUUGCUGAUGGGAGUCACAGUCUUGUCAGAUAAUUGGGAGAUCAUUCUCUACUCGCGGACCAAGGUUGAGACCAUUGCCAAGGUCAACCGGACCAAUGCCACCGUGGAAGAGCUUUUUGAAGGGAAGACUCUCAUCGUGACACAAUGGACCAAUGUCUCGACCGCAGGACAGCGUGACUUUCUGAUCCAAUUGCAUGGGGGUCUUUGGUCCGUGUGUUGGGAUUUGUCAGAAAUCGAGGCUACUCAACUGGAGGAAUUAUACCCAAAUGCAACGGGGGUGAGAUGUUUGGAUAGCUUGAAAGAGCAAGAGAAAUACGUGGACGAUACGCCUUUUGGAACCAAUUCUCGCCAAAUUCGUAUGCAAAACCUUUCUAUUUCGUGUUCUUUGGUGUGCCUGAUCGUUCUCUUGUCCGGCUUGGUUGUGUUUUGGAUUGGCCUGAUCGAACGCCAAGUCCCACCCGUUUUUGUCGUGAGCGUGCUCUACCUUCUAGCAGCCGUUUUUGCCAUUUUCUCUUUGGCCAUCGCUCGACAUCGCCGUCAAUCCAACGGACCCGAUUGCGGCAUGUUGGACGACCAAAUCGACAAUAUAUUUAUUCCCGCGCGAACUUUUCAAACAUCGUGGUCGGUUCAUUUGGGUUGGGUGGCCGUUAGCUUCUGCUUUUUGUCCGCCAUUUGCGUUUACACUCUCUCCAAACUGAUGAGGAACUCUCCCUUUGUGAUCUGAUCUUCGGACAUGCUCAUGAUACAUAUCAAAAGUGCACACUUAGAAAAGGGAAAUCUAUUUUGAUAAACCUA